AGUCGCCUGCAGGAGAAAAUCAAUUCGCUUGAAUGCGAGAUCCCCACGGUGCCGCAGGACUCGCAUCUGUGGCGCGGCAAUGAGACCCAUGAAUUGCUGCUGCCCAUUGUGACCACGGAGCACUGUAAGCCGAAUGAGAACUGCAUACCGAAUGUCCUCACCUGGCGAGGUGAGGCGGAGAUCCAGUCUGGCGAUAUCCUGAUUGUGGAAAUCAAUGAUGCCAUGCUUAAUCCAUCGCACGAGCCCAACAACACCAGCAGCGCUGUACAUGCCACACAGGUGUAUCAGGUAACUCGCUCCGGCCACGAGCAUUGCGAUGUUACCGAGGGCGUCCUGCUGGAUAUCACACCGUUGGUGGUCGAUGGCAGGAAACUGGUUACCCUGUACGACAAGGACCUCACCGAGGGAGUUAACUUGCUAAUUGUGGUGUCCGAGCUGUGGGGAGCGCAAUGUGUCCGCCUGAAGGUGACCACGAAAACCGACAACUGCGGCGAGAAUGCCGAUUGCUCCGGCAAGGGAGUCUGCUACUCGGACUCUGGGAUGGAGGAGUACGAGUGCCAAUGCUGCAGCGGAUUUGCUGGACCACACUGCGAGGAGAUAGAUGCGUGCAACCCGAGUCCUUGCACCAACAACGGCAUCUGCGUGGAUCUAUCGCAGGGCCACGAGGGCAACUCCUAUCAGUGCCUGUGUCCGUACGGAUAUGCGGGCAAGAACUGUCAAUACGAGUCGGAUCCCUGCAAUCCCGCCGAGUGCAUGAACGGUGGCAGCUGUGUGGGCAACUCAACGCACUUUCGCUGCGAUUGUACGCCCGGCUUCACAGGACCUUUAUGCCAGCACAGCCUGAAUGAAUGCGAGUCCUCGCCGUGUGUUCACGGCAUCUGUGUGGACCAGGAGGAUGGCUUCCGAUGCUUCUGCCAGCCAGGAUUCGCCGGCGAGCUGUGCAACUUCGAGUAUAAUGAAUGCGAAUCGAAUCCGUGUCAGAAUGGCGGCGAGUGCAUCGAUCACAUUGGCAGCUACGAGUGUCGCUGCACGAAGGGCUACAGCGGCAACCGUUGCCAAAUUAAGGUUGAUUUCUGCGCCAACAAGCCUUGCCCCGAAGGACACCGCUGUAUUGAUCAUGGAAAUGAUUUCAGCUGCGAAUGCCCCGGAGGUCGCAAUGGACCGGAUUGUAAUCAAAUGCCACGAACGUACUUUCAGCAAUGCAAUGUGAAUCCCUGCACCCAUGGCGGCACUUGUUGGUCCAGCGGCGAUAGCUUCUAUUGCGCCUGUCGUCCCGGUUACACCGGCACCAUGUGCGAAGAUGAGUUUGUGGUGGAGACUGUCGUUAGCUCCAGCGAAUUUAUUGUGGACGAUGCGAACGCUAGAAAUUUUAAUGACAAAACUUUCGGUUCAUCGGUUGUGCUUAAGAGUCCCAUUGAAUUGCAUAAUGCAUAUUUUGCGGCCGGAGUUCUGGCAGCCGCCAUUUUCAUCGUUGCCGUUGUGGUCACCAUUUGUCACUGCAAGGUCAAUCAGACGUAUCGGAAAUUCUCGACACGUUCCACCUCGUUUAUACCCAUCCUGGGAUUCAGUCGUCGCCCCAAAAUGCAGGGCAAACUCAAUAAGCAUUGGCUGAGUGGCAAGGGUGCCGCUUCCGCUUCCGCCGCAGCUGCUGCGAGUGGCACCUCGAAUGUGGCACCAACGGUUGGACCGAGGAGCAAUGGCGCUGCGCGGCAUUUGCCAGGACAACCGCAAACGCAGACCACGCUGGGUGGCCAGCUGCAGGAGCGACCUUUUCAGCGGCAUCUGGCCAUGAACCUGGAGAACGAUAUGUAUUACACGGUGGACUUUAGCGAGAAUUCACAGCACUCGCCAUUGAUACAGUGAGACUUGGACGGGAAUGGCGGAUGGCUAGUCAAAUUCACCCCAAACAGAGAGGAGUGAGGAGGGAUUGGAAUGGAAUGCGGGGCGGGGUCCUUGGU